ACGCCGAUCGAUAUGAAAUGAGACGAUACGUCAAAAUCAAAAAGCGGUUACUCGGAGUUUAUCACUCGACAAUCAAGGCCUCUGUUUAGUGAAAAUUAUCAAGCAAGCGCAUGAAGAUGCUUAAGGAUCACGAACUCUUCGUACUACUGUGUGAAAAACGCGGCCUCAAGCCACCUUCCGAUGUCUUAGAAGCUAUCAAAAAUGCUAGUGCGACCGGAGAGCUCCAGCUUUCCCGCGUUUCAAUACUGGUACCGAUCUGCGAAGUUAUUGCUCAAGUAUUGAUGUCUAGUUCAGCAAUAAAGCGGAUGGACCUGAGCGACUGCAUGCUAAAUCUGUCGAAGAGUCUCAGUUGUAUUUUAAACGCUCUGUGCGAGGGCUCGAACAUGACGUCGCUGAAUUUGAAAGGAAACAACAUCCACGGUCCGACUGUUGCCCAGCUAGGACAAGUACUCGUUCACAACAAUACGCUGAAGUUGUUAAACCUCGAAUGGAACAGCUUGGGUUCACACGUUGAUUCGUUUACCAAAUUUUGCGACGGUUUAACUAAAAAUCACAACAUAGAGGAAUUGGAUUUACGUUAUAAUCAGAUAUCCCCGUAUUGCGCCGAGGCGUUGUGCAAAGUUUUGAGAUUGAACAAGUCUUUGAAAGUUCUCGACCUCGCGUGGAACACUAUCGGUCUUCAGGGAGGGCAGCUCCUCCUAACCGGAAUGCAAGAGAACAAAAACAUAGUGAAAUUAAAUCUGCACGGGAAUUGUAUACCCGCGGAUAUAGUGCACUUGAUAGAAGAGCGAACCCGUAGCAAUCAGAGUCGAAGAAUGAUUUCUGUAACAAGCAUGACCAAAGAAAUCGAAAAAGCCAAAUCGUUUCUGCAGGUGACAGAUAAUAAAGAGAAGAUCGUCUCGUUCACGGACAGCGACAGCACAAUUCAGAGCCGUCUGAAAUACAGGAGAAAAAAGAAAAAACGCGUCGAAUUAUUUAAAAAAGAAAUUCCCAGCGGCAUGACCGAUGAUUCGAUGGAAAAAACUAGUAACGAAUCGGACACGAAUUCUCUGACAAACCUGCUCGUUCCCGCGAAGGAAAAUUUGAAAAGAGAUGAGCCACGGAACGAUAUUUCCGGGGACGAUUCCAGGAAGAAUAAUAAAAUAUGCUCGAGUUCCGCCGAUGCUGCGACGAAUAAAAUAAAAGAACUCAAUCAGAUAUUGCAGGACCGUACGACCGCGAUAAAUCUCUUGACGAACGAAGUCGGGGUCAAAGCUGCUGAAAUCGAAGCCGUGAGAUCGCAAAUCGAUCAACUGCGGACAGAACUGGAACGGGUGAAAGAAGAACGCGAUAAACUAACCGGUGAAAAAACAAGAGAGAUUCUUGACUUAAAGGAAAAUCACAAGGAAAUUGAGGAGAGUUGGAAAAAGGUUCACAAAGAACUGGAAGAUGCGUACCACAAAGCGUUGUUGCAUAAAAAAGAAUACGAGGUAAGGAUCCGCCGGUAUGAGAGGGACAUACACAGGAGUUCGUUGGAAAUAUCAUCGCUGAAGGAGAAAAUCAUUUCGAUUACACAAACUUACGAGGAUCUAGUAUUAAAGGAUAAAACAGAGAUGCACAGACUGAGAAGAGAGAUUAAAGAGCGUGAGAGCAGACACAAAAACGAGAUUAGCAUUGUUAAGAAUACCUUGAGAGACACGACGCAAGCUUUAGAAGACUGCCAGAUGCAGUUACAAAAGAGCAGGAGCGAACUCAGGGACGUAACGGAAUCUCAGUUGACUUUGAAGGCGAAAAUCAAUGAGAUGGAGCACCUAAACGUGAGGUACUCACGGUCAGAGGAGUCCUUACAUAGAGUUAAAGAAGAGAAAGAAAAUCUGGAGGAAAAGAUAGAGGAAAGCCAACGCACAGUGAGCAGUUUACAGCGUCAAGUCGUCGCACUUCAAAGCGAACUCGUCGAGCCUCAACGACGGUAUGAAUUGCUCAACGAUGAGCUGAUCCAAGAGAAGGAAAAGACCGGUAGACUUAAAGAGGAAUUGGCGGAAGAACGGGAACGGGCCAAGGAACAAAGUAUUCAAAUUCAAAAAAUGACCUUGCAGAUAACUGCCUUGAACACGCAAAUCAAUGACAUACGAUCUAGUCACGCGGACACGCUCAGGGAAAGAGAUAAGGAAAGAACACAGCUCAAAGAUAUUAUUGCCAUGAAGGAACGCGAGAUUAACGAUCUAAAAGCUGAAGAAGUCCAAAGAGCUGGUCAGCUUUACGCGGCAUUCAGUAAAUACCUCGGAUCCAGAGGACCAAAUCCAGUUUUAUGACAAAAAAUGACCCGUCAGUACGUAAUUAAAGUGUUGACAUAAUUUUCACAACAGCCAGGUGCACGUUUUAUACCUUUAUAUACACGUAUUUAUUAUAUACAAAUUUAUUUAUUCUUAUACUACAAUUUUGACGAAUA